CUCUCGCCCUCAGGACCGGAGAUGCUGAAAGCUCUUUAGUGUUGGGUUUAGUCUUGAGGUGCAUGGCUGUGUGUGUCCUCGUUCUGUGUUAUAGCCAAGUAUCCCAUUACACAACAACAGAUAUCAACAAAGUUUCCGUUGGAGCGCCGUCGCAUGGGAGUCAAGCUCCUCUGGAAAGCAUAAGGAAUUAAAGGAAUUGGCUGGACUUCGCCGAAUGCAAGUGAGAAUUCAACCUGACUUGCGAGGCAGUGAGGAGGCAUGAUGUGGAGAGACGUGGGAGUAACACUGAUACUGUCACUAAUCCUGCCUGUGGUUGCUCAGGGAGCACGCCACACUCCCCCAGGAAAGCCCAAGCUGACCAGUUGUAGGUCCCCAGAUAAGGAGACCUUCACCUGCUGGUGGGAACCAGGCUCUGAUGGGGGACGACCCACCACCUACUCCCUCUUCUACCACAAAGAGAACUCUGAAACAGUCUAUGAGUGUCCAGACUACCGUACAGCGGGGGCCAACUCCUGUUUCUUCAACAAGAAUGAAACAUCCAUCUGGGUCAACUACAACAUCACUGUAGUGGCCACCAACGCACUUGGCAACAACUUCUCUGACCCUGUGGAUGUAGACGUGGUCUAUAUAGUCCAGCCACAUACACCAGAGAACGUGACGGUAGGGGUGUUGGAGGACGAAGAUGGUCCCUUCCUCAGGGUGUCAUGGGAACCGCCCCGUAAGGCCGACACGCGUUCCGGCUGGAUCACCCUCAUCUACGAGCUCAGGGUCAAACUGGAGGAGGCAGAGGAGUGGGAGGUGCACCGCGCAGGUCAGCAGAAAAUGUUCAACAUCUUCAGCCUGCACUCUGGUGGCGUCUACAUGGUGCAGGUCCGCUGCAAGCCAGACCACGGCUUCUGGAGCGAGUGGAGCACCGCCAGCUAUGUCAAAGUUCCAGACUACAUCCCCCGGGAACAAUCCAUGUGGAUCCUGAUCGCCGUCUUCUCUGCCUUCAUCUUCUUGAUUCUCAUAUGGAUUACCACCAUGAACAGAAGCAGUGUGAAGCACUGUCUACUACCUCCCGUUCCUGGACCUAAAAUAAAAGGAUUUGAUCAACAGCUUCUCAAGAAGGGCAAGCCAGAAGAGGUAUUCAACGCCUUGGUAGUCCAAAGUUUCCCUCCGAGGUCUACUGACUACGAGGAUCUGCUGGUGGAAUACCUGGAAGUGUACGUCAACGAGAAACAGGAACUGAUGCUGGAGGGAAAAGACCUCCAAGAUGUUGGCUGCCUCAAGUCCAAGAGCCAGUCGGACAACGACUCGGGCCGGGGCAGCUGUGAUAGCCACACCUUGCUGAUGGAGAAGUGUGGAGGUGUGGAGUCCAAGGAGGAGUCGAGCUACGAGGGACCCGAGCUACUGCAAGGCCAGGCGGGGUCUUGGGAGAGGCUGGAGAGGGGAGACAGCCAGGAGGUGGACACCCCAGAUUCAUCAGAUGGGAGGGUUAAGACCUGGCCAUCAGUCUUCUCCCCGUCGAUCCAUGGAUCCUCCUUUCCCCACCACCCAGAGUACAGAGACAGCCUGGGAGAGUACAGCGAGUACCAUCUCAGCAGAUCCCCAUCCGCUGGAGUUGCUUACCACUGGGAGGCCCAGCACCACCCCCAGGCCCACAGCAACUUCAACAUCCGCAAUCUGGAGCGCCAGAAAGAAGCCACGGGGCUUGGGCUGCCCCCCUCCCGGUCCAUGGAGUACGUGGAGGUCCAGAAAGUGAACCCGGAGAACCAGCUGGUCCUGAAGCCCCUCUCCAGCCACGGCCGGGGCCCCUUCCAGGUGCAGUUCGGCGGGGCCGGGGUGGACUACAGUAAAGUCAACGGGGUGAACAAUGACAACGUGCUCUUGCUGCAGAGGCAGAGGCAGAUGGCUGAGGCUGGGCGAUACUGUGACUACCAGGAGAAGGAGGGGGGUUCGGCUGAGAGAUAUCCCACACAGCAGCAGGGCAAGAUGGCCAAAGACGGACCUGUAGCUACCCAGCUCCAGGACAGCACGUGCCUGACCACCAGCGGCUAUGUGGACACUGCCCCCACGAUGCCCACCUUCUAGACUAAUCUACCCUGCAUGAGGGUCUGAAAGACGGUCUGUGUGCUAAACUCCCUGCUCCUCCUGUAGUCACGAGCUGGGUUGUGACGUCAGACAGUUAGCUAUUGUGACUCUCCCUUCUGUCAAUCUCCAGCUCAGAAUAGGAGUUUUGUACAUUAAGGAUGCCUGGAUGGAUAGUUCUCUGGAGGAUAAAAACUGUUCUCUCUAAGGCUAAGCUAACAUCCCAAAAACUUACAAACACUUUGAGAUAGUGAGGAGAGUUUCUGUCAGAGGCGGAACCAAAACCCUUUAGCUCACUCACAAACUGUUAAAGAACCAACUAUAUAUAUAUAUAUAUAUGUGUGUACUUCAUGCAAGAACCGAUGGAAAACAGUUUUAUGCUUCAGAAUCCACAGAAUGAAUAUCUAUAUAUAUAUAUAUUUUUUAUGUACAUGAUUAUUCAUGAUAUUGAAUGUAUUUGAUCAUAAUGGUGUAAAUUCAAUUGUAUGCUAAUUAUUACUUAUUUCAGCUCUGUUGUCUCUCAAUGUAAUGCAAAUUGAAACUGAUUUCCAAAAGGUACUACUGCAGACUGUAUCCUCAACCGACUUGCAAAGUAUACUUUUCUGUAGACAGAUAUUAUGCGGGUGUAUGUGAAAUGAUUCUUGUAGAACCACAACUGGGGAAACCUCUAAAUGAAUCCAAAUGUAUUAUUCUGACUUUUAUAAAUGUGUCUAGUCUCAGAGAGAUACUGUACCACGUGAUGAUUCAGUUUCUGGUUUAGAAAACUAUAGUUAUAGAAAACGUUUUCUAUAGCUGUAAGUACAAUUUUGUAUUAAAGAAAAUAAUAAAGUACAAAGGUAAAAAGCACUACAGAAAGAAAUACAGGGAUAUUUUUCCAUACAGAGUUUAUUUUGGUGAAAGUACAUACAGAUUCAUUACUAUAUUGAUUAUUUGUUCAAUCAAGUAUAUUGAUGAUUUGUUCUAUCUGUGAAUUAAAAUGCUGCUCAUUAAAGAUGUAAUAUAGACAAA